UAGGCCCGUAGCGGCGCCGGAGCCGCGCGCGUCGGUGUCGUCCUCGCCGUCACGGCCCGCGCCUCUUCCUGGAUUCAUUCAUUCGCGGCUCCAUUCACGGAGGUAGUAAGGCCCGGCUGGAGCCAUGGAGAGCGCUCUUCCUGCCGCCGGCCUCCUGUACUGGGUCGGCGCGGGCACCGUGGCCUACGUGGCCCUGCGCCUCUCGUGCUUGCUCUUCACGGCCCUUCGGCUCUGGGGUUUGAGUCACGAGGCAGGGGUCGGGCCGCAGCUCGGAGAGUGGGCAGUUGUCACAGGUAGUACUGAUGGAAUUGGCAAGUCAUAUGCAGAAGAGUUAGCGAAACAUGGAAUGAAGGUUGUCCUUAUCAGCAGAUCACAGGAUAAACUGAAUCAAGUUUCCAGUGAAAUAAGAGAAAAAUUCAAGGUGGAAACAAGGACCGUUGCUGUUGACUUUGCAUCAGAAGAUAUUUAUGAUAAAAUUAAAACAAGCUUGGCAGGUCUUAAAAUUGGUGUUUUAGUGAACAAUGUGGGAAUGUCAUAUGAGUAUCCCGAAUACUUUUUGGAUGUUCCUGACUUGGACAAUACCAUCAAGAAACUGAUUAAUAUUAAUGUUCUUUCUGUUUGUAAGAUGACACGACUGGUGCUGCCCGGCAUGGUGGAAAGGUCUAAAGGGGCAAUUCUGAACAUCUCCUCUGCCAGUGGCAUAGCCCCAGUCCCACUGUUGGCCAUCUACUCUGCAACCAAGGCUUUUGUGGAUUUCUUCUCUCGGUGCCUCCAUGAGGAAUAUAGGAGCAAGGGCAUCUUUGUGCAGAGUGUCCUGCCCUACUACGUAGCUACCAAGCUAUCCAAAAUCCGAAAGCCAACCCUGGAUAAGCCAUCUGCAGAGACGUAUGUGAAGUCUGCGAUUCAAACGGUGGGCCUGCAGUCCCGAACCACCGGGUAUCUGAUCCAUUCUCUCAUGGACUCAAUAAUUUCAGCCAUGCCUACCUGGCUGUAUUUUAAAAUAACCAUGAAUUUGGGCAAGUCCACGCGGGCUCACUACAUGAAGAAAGCCAAGAAGAACUAAGCGUUGAUAACUGCACUGAGUAGCUUGGCCAGGUGUGCCAUCCUACGCACGCUGAUGGCAAGGCACCCACCCCUCUCCAAAAUCUGCGGUGGUCAUUUUAUCAGUUAUUAUUAGGCUAGAAAUUGGCAUAAUUGGGAGAAAAGCAGAAGUUGCUUUCAGGAGUUUUGGACAUAUAUUUUGAAUUCUACCAGGAAUUAUUUUGAAGUUUAGGAUAAAUGCUCAUAUCAAUUGGACAUAAAACGAAUACUAGCAAGAACAGUGUAAUGGGAAGCAACACCAUUUUGGCAAAUCACAGAGGGACAGAAUCAGACAUAAUGCUUCAGUGGUUUCAUCUGGCCCCAGAUACCAUUGAUGAUGGUUCUUGUAUUUUCUCUGAAAUAUACUUUACAAAGUAAUGGCUAGCUACUUUCUUUUGUUUUUAACACUUUGAGGGAGUGGAGAUUAAAUGAUUCACUUAUGGAAGGACACACUGCAAUACGCGUUGCUACGAAAUUUCCUAAAAACAUGUCCCAAUUUGUACACUUAUGUGGAACUUUUUGUUCUCAAGGAUAGCUAAUGACGUAAAAAUAAUACACAGAAAUAUGGAGCUCCUUUUGACACCUGAAGCCCACUAAUACAUGCUUUCCCCUAAUACAUAUUUCUUCUCAAGUUUAAAUGCAUGUAAAUACUGAAAACUAGAUAGUAUGAUUUAUAAGUAAAAGGACCAAAAAAUACAUUGAUAUGAGCAGCCACCGAUGGUGCCACUAACACCCUGACCCAGGAGAGUGGCCUGCUUGGGCCUCUGCCACCUUCGCUUCUGCACCGCACCAGUCCUGUUCGUGUAUGUGACCGCAGGCUAUUCCUAAAACCAUAAUGAUAACACAGAAGUGGCCUUCUGCUUUUAAAUUGAUACCCUAUACAUAGCAAGAUGACUAGUUUUAAUAAAAGGUGAUAUAACCACA